UGUGAAUUGUAGAUGUCUUUUGAUGUAUCAGAAUGCCUAUCUAGGUGCUUAGCACAUCUGACUCUACGUUAAAGGAAAUAGGAAACCUCACACACAGUCAUGCUCCAGGUUUGGCUCCUUCUGGCAGCUCUUAUUGAGUGUUCACACUGUCAUGCCCAGAAUAUGGACUCUGCUCCCCUCAUUAUCCAAUAUCAUGUCUGGGAAGAACAGCCCUCAAGGACAAAGGUGGGUCGCCUCCUGGACGACCUACGUGAACGUGGGGAAACAGGAUCACUGGAAAACUUCCGGGUCGUGCCGCAUGGACAUGAUCUACCAGUCACAGUUGACUCAAGGGAUGGUACCGUAUCAACACUAGGCAGGCUGGACCGAGAAGAGCUAUGCUGGGGAGCAGAAUUUUGUGAACUAGCCUUCAGUGUUCUCUACAGAAAGGGUGGUGCUAUGCAUUUCCUGUCAGUUCGUGUAGAGGUGAUGGACCAAAAUGACCACAGCCCAGUCUUUCCCAGUCUUGUGCAGGAGGUGGAGAUCUCUGAGACAGCCUCACUGAGAAUGCGCAUCCCUCUGGAAUGGGCUGUAGAUCCAGAUGCGGGACAGAAUGGCCUGCAGACCUACUCCCUGUCUUCCAACCAGCACUUUGCUUUGGAUGUCCGUACUUCUGGAGGGACCAAGCAGGCUGAAUUAGUGGUCAUCAAAGAACUGGACAGGGAGUUGCAGCCAUCUUUAGAACUGAUUCUAACAGCCUGGGACAAAGGGGACCCGCCAAAAUCAGGCAGAACAAAAGUUUUAGUCACAAUUCUCGACUCCAACGACAAUAGCCCUGUAUUUGAGGAGGCCCCGGGAGUUAUCGAACUAGCAGAGGACACUGUUCGUGGGACGAUUGUCAUUAAUCUUCGUGCUACAGACCCUGAUCAAGGUGCUAAUGGGGAAGUUGAGUACUCUCUUAGUAAACAUGUCCCACUGGAAGUGCAAAGACUAUUCAGUAUCCAUCCCAAAACAGGUGUUUUGUCUUUACAAGGCCCUUUAGAUUUUGAAGAAAAGAAUGUGUAUGAGAUAGACAUCCAAGCUCGAGAUCUUGGGCCCAAUGCAAUCCCGUCUCACCACAAGCUGCAAGUCAAAUUGCGAGAUGUCAAUGAUAAUGCUCCCCGGAUACAUAUAACAUGGGCUCCGCCAGAUUCCCCUGUUGCAACAGUCUCUGAAGGAGCACCAUAUGAAACUUUCCUUGCUCUUGUGAUGGUAUCUGAUGCCGAUUCUGGGGCAAAUGGGCAGGUACAAGUGCACAUUCUGAGUGGAUCUGGCCUCUUCAGACUCAAACAGAUCCAUGGAGACAAUUACAUGGUUGUAAUCAAUGAUACACUGGAUCGUGAGAGACAAAUGGAAUAUAACCUUACUCUUCUAGCUCAGGACCGUGGUGAUCCUUCUCUAUCCUGUAUUAAGCACCUGACCGUCCAUGUUUUGGAUGAAAAUGAUAACGCACCACUGUUUACAAAAAGUCUCUACCAGAGUGUCCUCAAAGAGAACAACACACCUGGGUUCAGUUUCUUGACUGUGGAGGCACAUGAUGUUGACUUGGACCUCAGUGGAAGGGUAUCAUUUUCCAUUAGAGAAUCAAAUGAACUGGGGACACCAACAGCAUUUUUCUCAGUCCACCCCAGCAGUGGGGCUGUUACUGUCCAACAAUCAUUAGACUAUGAAGAAUCACACUCCUACUCAUUUAUUGUGGAGGCUGUAGAUCAAGGAUACCCACCAAUGACCAGUAGUGCAACAGUGCUGGUUGAGAUACAGGAUGUUAAUGACAAUUAUCCCAUAAUUCAUGAGCCACUACCCAAGAAGGGAAUUGCAUUGCUAAGCGUCCCAGUGAAUGUGGACAAAGGAGAGAUUGUGACUGAACUUGGAGUCAAAGCUCUGGAGGAUAACUUCUACAAUCCAGGAAAUUACUCUUCCCUUAACAAACGCGAAGGGUUUCUGGCCACCACCAUUCGGGCCAGUGAUCCAGAUUCUGGUCUCAAUGGAAGACUCAGUUUUAGAAUAACAGAUGGCAAGCCUUCUAAUCUAUUCUUUCUGGACGAAACUACUGGGCAGCUCUGUGUGAACACAACCAAUGCAACAGAAUUGAUUGGUAGAACUUUUAAACUGGGCAUUGCCGUAUCUGAUAUGGGAACACCUUUGCUAACCACAAGAACCACUUUGGAAGUGACAUUCAUCAACUUUCGUGACCACCUAAAGAACUUGUCUCAUGAUAACCAGGCCCAGUACAGUUUUACAAUGCUCUUGGCCAUCUGCCUUGGAUCAACCUGCCUGGUAUUAUUUGUAGCCAUCGCUUUGGCCAAAACAUUCUGUCGUCCUGACAAACGGGACAACCGUGCUUAUAAUUGUAGACAAGCUGAGUCAACCUACACCCGUCACCCACGACGGCCACAGAAGCACAUUCACAAGACUGACAUCCAGUUGGUACCAGUGCUUUGGGGUCGUAAAGAAACUCCACAAGAUGAAGCUGAGGCAUUGUCGUGUGCAUCACCUUUAGUUGAAAAACCACAUCCACAGGGUCAGUUUGCCCUUACACCAACCCUUGCUCGCAUGGCUCAAAAUCAAGCCCAUACGGAAAUGGAUGGGAACCCACCACUCACUCAAAGCAAAAUACUCAGAAAACCUGGGAGCAUAGAGUGGAAUGGAACACUUCCUUAUAACCCAGGAACAACGUAUAGAACCCUGCAAAAGACCAGAAAUUAUUCCUCCUCGUCUUUUGCAAACUCACAGACCAGCACACUCAGACGAAACAAAAAUGAAGAAGUCAAGAUAACGACCACGGACCCCUCAGAAACCAUAACUUCAGUUCCCAGUAAUCAGGCCACAUUACGGAGACCAAAGACCACAGAAAGAAGAGAAAAGAUGGAAGAGUCAGACCACAGGCAGAUCCUGAGAAACCUUGUUCGACUCUCUAUGGCAGCCUUUGCAGAGAACGGUUCUAUUGAACUGUCCUCUGCCUCACCCGACGUGCAACAGGUGUCUCAGCUCCUGUCUCUGUUGCAUCAGGGGCAACUUCAGCCUCGACCAAAUUUUCGUGGCAACAAGUAUUCCCACAGAACUGGCCGGUCAGGGGCUCAGGAUGCUGAUUGGCUGAGCACUAAAGACAGUGGUCAUGGUGAGAGUGAAAUGGGUGACAUGGACUGGGACUCACCUGUGGACCCCUUAUAUGAAGAAGGCCUCAACAAUCUGCUUACUUCUGAUGAUGUGUUCUCAGACAUUCCCGAUCCGGCAUGGAUGGCUCGUCUUUCUCUUCCUCUGACAACCGACUACCAUGAAAACCUGUUUAUCCCGGAUGGGCCACCAUCCCCUGAUGCCCACUGUCCCAUGGCUGGUCUUGAUGAUUCCACUUCCUUCUCUACUUUUGGUAAAACCCCAGAGAAGGCCCCGCUGGGUGGCAGAGCUCUGAUUUCAGAAGUGAGCUCCCUGUUUGAGAUGCUGUUGACACAGAAAGCCGAUGCCCAGUCAUGUCCACCUGCUGACAUGCUCUACAGACUAUCAGCAGCUUAUAGACGUUCACUCGGCUUAGACACACCUGCAAACGGAGGUGCUGCUCACACACGCCAACAAGGGCAAACCCCCAUAAUGCAAUAUGCCAACCCUAUGCCAUAACAGCAAAGAAUGUUUCGUUUCUGGUGCCAAAUCAUUUUAGGUUCCAAACGAGCCUCAGGAACACUUAGAAUGACAAAACAUCUUAUCAGUAGUGCAUUAUAAGACUGAAAAAAAUGUGAUUUGUUUUUGAUAUAUCCUUUUGCGAGAACUAAUUGAGCUCUGUGAACUGGUGCAGUUCAUGCAGUGUAUAGCAGAAAUGAGUCUGUC